UGUUUUCACAUUCAUUUACUGGUUUGCUUAGAUAGUUCCUGGAAAACAUGGAGUUGCUAACUGAAGAUAUAAAAUUUAUUACUGACGAGACAUUAGAUUUUGGAUUGUCUUCUCCUUCAGACGGACUAGAAGAGGGGGACUUUGUCAUUUGCCCCAGUGAGCCCAGUGAAAGGAACUUGGCACAAACCAUUGACAUGGACGCCUUGUUGGGAGAGAGUGGAAGCAAGGCCAGAGAGUGGUGGAGCCCCCUGAGUCCUGAGAAGCUGGAGGAGGUCAGGAAGGAAGCCAAUAUGCUGGCUGCACAGAUGGAGAAAUGUAGACUUCUGCAGAAGAACACCAGCUCUGACAUGAGGCCUGAGAAGGUUCCAGGAUUUGAACCUUUUUCUCCAAUCAGAUUUUUAUAUGCAGAGAAUGAGGGGAACAAGGACUCCAGACGGAAGACUUUCAAUGUGAAUAACAGUCCUCUGAUGGCACUGCUGCCAACAGUGGGACCUGAAACUCACUUGACUCGAGAUUCUCCCAGAGUUCGGUUUCCAAAGGGGCAAAGUCCUACAUCUCUUAUUGCAAACACCCCUGUUUCCAAGAAACUUCAAAAUAAAACUAACAUCUGUAGUGCUGACAGUCAGCUCUUUAAAAAAUCCAGGCCCAUCAAGUCUCCCAGUGUCUCAUCAGCCAUGAUGCCUCACAGUGAUAAGAAGGCAUCUAAUAGAAGCAGUAGGAAGGGUAGACCGUCUCCACUUGCCCUCCCUGGAACCACCAAAAAACAAAACCUACCAUUGGAUUUCAGGCCUGCCCUUCAAACUACAAAAAGAGGACUUUUGGGGAAGAUGGAGGAAGUUUCUGGUCCAGCCAGUUCUUCUCAAAACCCAAAGUUGAAACUUCAGGAUUCACCCUGUACAGAUACAGUUCCAGCAGCGCAUGGAAAAGGAAAGGUGAAACCCAGGGUGUAUCCAUCACAAACAAGCUCUGAAAAGAAGUCCUGUUCUGUUCAAGAAAUGGUUCCUCUUCAGAAGACUCAUGCAAGUCACACUAAAACUUUGAGGGGCAAUGUCUCACAACUACGAGCCAACUCCAAGCCUCCCCACAAUAGCUGUUCCCAGACUCGAACCAUGAGUAUUCCCACAUCUGCACCUGCAACCAAACUCCCUGUGCUAAAAUCCAUUCCAAAAACAACCAGUCCUAUCACUGUUUCAGGAAGGCAUGCAGUCCCAGGGAAGCCAAGCCAGCUCAAGCCACUGAGUUCAGGGUUAUCUGGUGGGAAGGGAUCCACUGUGUUAAUCCUGGCUGGGAAGAAAGCUUCUACAUGUCAGCAGACACUCCCUUCUGAUACCUUUCAGAGCAGCAGGUCACAGCUGCCCAAGAAGGCAGUCUCCAGCUCUUCACGGUAACUAUGUUGGACAUCACUAAAAUCCUUGGAGACAGGAAUGUCUGAUGGUCCCAAACUUCUUCAUGAAGAUGGAAUCAAGCCACAUGUCUAGCCUCAGCUGGAGGCUUCAUAAGAAGCUCUCAUUACUACUUCAGCGAGGCCACUCAUCUGUGGAGCUUCCACUGUGGCUCUCCUCUACCCUGAUCACACCUGUUGCUGUUAUGCAAAACCAAAAAGUUAGCCUUGUGACAAACAGAUGUGGACCAGGAGGCAUUAAGCAGUGCUGACUGUUGCUCUACCACAGCUUCCCUGAACUAAUUAUUCUUUUGUCUUUAUAUUUUAUUAUGUCUUUUCAAAGGAUGUUCAGAUUACAGUGCACAUUAUCUAAGAUGUAGAGAUUUCACUUGAUUAUUAAUAAAACGUUGUGCUAGCUUGUGGGAAAGGGUUGUUGAAUAUAGGAGACUAAAGCCCUCCUAUAUCCCAGAUCUGAUCCUAAGUUGGGUGGCAGGAAAUGACAUAGGUACUAAAAGCUCACAGCUGAAUAUGUUCCUCUUCUUUAACUCAUUCUUUUACAAAGGAACUGGGGCUAGAUAUAAAACUCUUUCGUAGAGGGCUCUGCAGUUCAUUCAUUUCUCAAUGGACAUGGUUGUUUCCCUUGGCAAUGUUUAUGUGACAAUCAUUUUCCGAAUCAAGGACAUUGCAGUUUGUUCUGCAGUCUGUAAACAGGAAUAGACAUUUGUUUUGAAUGGUCUGUGAUACUAUCUGCCUUCCAAACGUAGAAAUCAGCAGUAUUUGAUCCUCAGUGUCUCUACUGAAGCAUUUAAGCUAGUGUUUGUAAAAGAAUGUGCAAGUGGUUCUUGGAAUGUAUUAAAACUCAAAGGAAUCCGAAGAAGCAAGCAGGAAUAGAGAUACUGGCUGAAGCUAUAUUCAGUGUCAUUUGCCUUUCUGUAUACCUUGCCUGAGUUGAAGGGAACGAUCUUUAUGCUACUGCUGAUUCAAUGUUGUGUGCUGUACCUUUUAAAAAAUAUGCCUUUUUUCUAAUAAAACAAAUAUUGUUAUAAUAA